CUCCCAGCGGAAUUUAAGAAAAUAUAAAUUACAUAUAUGGACAAUUGCAGACGUAUAAUAUAGUAUAAACAAUCUCAGUGAACUUUGUAUAAACAAAAGCGCAAUUGAAGCCGAAAACAAACCUAUAUAAAAGUUAAGGAAAAUAUUUUUGUGGCACGCUUUUAUUGACGUCGAAAUCGUUGGAAUUUCUGUGUCACUUCUACUAAAAUAGCAUACGGACAUGUCAGAGCCCACAGCCCAACAACAGCCGUCACAGAAUGGCAAAGAGCGUUCCAAGUCAACCGAGGAGAAAGAGAUUCCGCGCGAACCGGCGCUGGUUUGCAAAGACAUCGAUAUUAAGACUGAAUUAGAGUGUUUGGUAAAACUGUUGGAUGGCAAAAUUUCCAAGGAAGAGGAAGUGGCCAUGGAGGAGCUGCAUCAGUAUUUGAUCGAGGACGAUGGCUCAUGGGCAUUGGGUGACAAUUUUCUGGUAUUUGUCCAGCGUGUGCUCCGAGACGUUCAGGCCUUCUCGCCCGACACACGGAUACAUAUGAUACGCACGCUGGCCUAUGCGGCCCUCAAAGAUGAUGUGAUCAUAAUCUUGCACCAGGAUCGCAGAGAUCACACGCUCAUGAACUUCGCACAGGACAUUGACAAGCACACACCUGAGGAGCAGCAGGCCUGGGCCAUGUUUACCUGCAAUCUGUUCGAGAAUGUGGGUCCCUCAGAGUGGCUGCUGUACAUCUCGGAGUGGGAAUACAACGGCCAGACCAUUUCAAAUAUACGCGUCACCACCAAGGUGGCCGUGCACUGCAUACUCUCCAACUGUCCGCAGCUGAAGAACAUUGGCUCCAUGAUCCUCUACAAUAUCGCCAUCAAGGAGGUGAAGACUGUGGUAUUCGAUGACGUUGCCGUGGAGCUGGCCAUGGCCAUACUGCAGUUCUUCCAAAGCAGUCCCAACGAAGACCAAAUCUUUCGCACGCUGAAGGCGCUGGCACGUUUCCUUGAGGUAUCUCCGGACGUACAGAUGAUUAUUCAAAUGAUUGGACCACAUCCAAAACAAUUUGCUGGCAAAAGCGAGCGCGUCGACGAGCUGAUAAAGAUAAUUAGUCGCAAAGUGCCCGCCUAGGGGCCCAAAUAGAUCAUAAAGACCAUUAACAUAUAGGCAAGCCUCACUUUAAACCCUUAUACACACACAAUGUAUUUAGAUCUUUCAAUUUUUGUAAGCAUUUGCGCGACACAAUAAACAUUUCUAUUCUUUACUA